CUGCCGUCCAGUCUGGGUUUCGUGGAGUUGGCGUUCACCCGGGAGCCUCAGGACGCGGUGACGGUGCGGGGCGGCACGCUGCAGCUGGACUGCCAGGCCCAGGCCGACUGGGCCGCGGCCGGACCGCCGGCCAUCACGUGGCGGAAAGACGGGGUCCUGCUCAGCACCGUGGUGGACGAGCGCCGGCGACAGCUGGCCAACGGCACGCUGCUGGUGCAGAACGUGGUGCAUUCAAGGCACCAUCGGCCGGACGAGGGAGAGUACCAGUGCCUUGCCACGCUGGACGGACACGGGAGCAUCGUAAGCCGGACAGCGAGGGUGACCGUGGCCGGAGGGUCAACGGUCAAGGACCAGGCCAGGGAUACCCGCUGA